AUGAGCAACGCUAAAGGAUCCAAUGACGUGAGAAAGGAGAGCACUGAGCCAAUUGACAAUAUCGAGGAGCUCAUUGAGGAACUUCCAGAUAACAGCCCUCGCUAUGUCCUCCUAUCAUACCCUAUCAAGCUUUCUGAUGGUAGAGUGAAGAGCCCAUUUGUUUUGCUUUACUGGAGACCACCAACGACUGGUCAGGAAAACAAAAUGCUUUACGCUGGCGCGGUAGAGCUUUUCAGAGAGAAAGCCGGUGUGGCUAAGUAUGGUAAGGGUAUUAGCUCUUCUGCCAUUCCAUACUCUAGAAACGCUCCAGCUUGGUUCAAGCUUUCCUCUGACGAGGUUGUUGAGCAGAUCAUCAAGUACGCCAGAAAGGGUUUGACUCCUUCUCAGAUUGGUGUCAUCUUGAGAGAUGCUCACGGUGUUUCUCAGGCUAAGGUUGUCACCGGUAACAAGAUCUUGAGAAUUCUCAAGUCUAACGGUUUGGCUCCUGAGAUCCCAGAGGACUUGUACUUCUUGAUUAAGAAGGCUGUCUCUGUCAGAAAGCACUUGGAGAGAAACAGAAAGGACAGAGACUCUAAGUUCAGAUUGAUUUUGAUCGAAUCUAGAAUCCACAGAUUGGCCAGAUACUAUAGAACCGUUGCUGUCUUGCCUCCUAACUGGAAGUACGAGUCUGCCACUGCUUCUGCUUUGGUCAACUAA